CAGCCAAUCAGCUUGCGGAUCCUUGAUGUGGUUGGCCAAUUAGCUUGCGCCUCGCGCACAAUGGCGCGAGGUGUCAGUAUCUCGUGAGCGCGCUAGUGUGCGCGGGGCGGUGCCCUUGUAUAAAAGGCGUCUUCCGAGCGAGCAGCCGCCAUUCUGGGGUUCGUUUAGAGGUUCGAAUUUAAUCGGAGGAAACGGCCCGGCCACGAGGAAAAAAGAAGCAGCCGUAACAGCAUCUAAAUCUAAAGGAUCCUUCGAGGGGGGGGGAAGCAGCAGCUACCAACCCAACCACUUGUGUCUUCUCUGCCCCAUCACCCUAUCUUGUUUCCCGUCCCCUCUCCCAGCCCAAGCUUCUUGGGACUCAAAAUCUGUGGCUGAAGGACCAUCACCACAAAAUCUAUCAAAAAUAAUCAACCACCUUUACUCCAACUCCCAACUCCCGCCAAAUCUGCCCAUCCAGCGUCUCCUUUUUGAAUCCACUCAGUUUUUUGUUUUUUGUUUUUUUUGUUUUCUAAGACCCUCUCCUUAAGUGGAGUGGGUAAUGAAUCCUGAGUUGGCUUUAUUUUUUAAAAGACUUUUUGAUCCAAUGAGGUCCCCCAAGUAAUUAAGCUUUGGGUCCUGGUUGGUUUUAUUUUUUCUCCAAAUUUUAACCCCCCCUGAGCCCGAGGUGCUGACGUCGCAAAAAAAUUGGAUAGUAAGUGUCGAAUUUUCAAAACCAGCAUUACAACAAGAAAUCAACGUUUCCCGUUGUGAAACAAAAAUGAGAGGAAGAAAUGAGAUCGUAGACAAAAAAAAUAAUUGAGCUGGAGAACGACCAAUCCGGUCGCUUGAGUCUCCAUUAAAAAAAACAAAAAACAUUAGGUCUUAAAGUCUUGUUCUCUCUCCCCUACCACCUCCCUCUUCCCUGCCCUGGUGCAGGCACGGAGAGGGUGGGGGGGCCGACAAGUGAGGAUUUUCUUGAUGGUUAACCCUUGGUAAUCCAGCCAAUUUUCCAGACUGCCAAAGCCAUAAAAGUUCGAUUUCUUUUUAUAAGGAGGAAUGGGAUCCCUUCCUCUGGAUGCCAGCAGUCUUUCGGAAGGGUUAAUGAGCUCACAUACAAAAGACGUGGAUCUUGUGGCCUAAAAGUCCCACUUCUUUGUGUGUGAGACAAGCAGGGGCGCCUUUCAAUUUGCCAGAUUAAUAAGCAAUCUGUACAUAAAGAUUGCAGGGUAAGGAGAUGCGCAGAUAAAAUAUUAGAAAGUAGCUGGCUACGACUUAAUGGUUAAAUCCUCUCUUUAUAUUUUAAUGUAAUUUGCUUGAGGUAUAUAUAUUUGUGUGCUUUACAUAGGUGGCAAUCUACGAAUAAAGAUUGCAAGACACUUAAACCAGGGUAAAAUAUAGUGCCAAUACAUCCAAAAGUGUUAGUUGGGAAGGUAAAGAAUGUCUUGUAAUUGUUGCAGUUUGCAGUUUUUUUUUUAAAGAAGAAAAAAUGGUUAUAACCUUUAACUUGAUUUUUUUUAAAUGGGUGCAGUUACAGAGGGUGGAAAUUUGGGGGGGCAAUGUGGGGAAUUAAGGCGUGUAAUUUUUAAAGGCCAUUUAGUGCAAUUGAAUGCUAGAUUUCUAAAAGAUUUGUGUCGUUAAAAGGAAUUUUUUUUUCUUCCCUGCUUCAAUAUGGCGACUUUUCCUUGUCCUUUUGUCUCUUCUGAGCGGCGUUGCAGGUUGUGUCUUUACCCAUUUUUCUCCUGUCCUUUUCCCACCUUGGCCUCCUUUGUUGGGAGGGGCCCAAAUACCCUCCCCCUUUAUCUGUAGUAUAGAAUGGGGGUGGGCUGUAUUAGCAGUUUUGACCCUCGACUGCAAAUUCUUACCCUACUCCAUGCAGGAGAAACAACUUUUAAAGUAACAUUUUAAUUGCCUUUGCUUUUACAAAGUUCUUGCCAAAUCAAAUGAGGUUUUAAAAGUUAAACACAGUUUUGGGAGGUACUUUUUGUUUAGUUUUGUUUCUUUUUUUAAACUGGGAACGGGUGUUAAUGGGCUGUUUGUACUGUAACCUUUACGGCAAACCGUAGAUGUUUUUUCCUCCUUGGGUCUCUUCUCCAUUGCAAGAUGGCGUCCCUGCUUUGUUGUUUUUCUCCCUCUUUCCUCUUGCCAGCCGGAGCAUAGGGCUGGUUUAGGAAGUUGGUUAAAGGGGGAGGAGCAGUCUGGAAAGGUGAUGUAAUCCGCUUUCCUUCACUUCUCUCCACCCUCUUGAAACUCCACCCCUUGAAUUUUUGCCUUUUGAGGCAUGCUCAAACUUGUGAGGAGUGGAGCCUGGGACUUAUCUUCUUUUUUUCUAUCUACAGAUUUGAUCUUAAUUGUUUCUGUUCUUUUAACUUUCACAAAGCACCCCUUUUUAUCCCACAAACCAGUAGGAAUCUGUUAGGUCUUUAGGAGUUGCUUCUCUUCUACAGGGGGUGCCUGUGGGUAGGUUUGAGGCUUAGCAACAGGACCAGUUUUUCUUCUGUAUACAAUAUCCUAGGAAUUCCCUUACAUGUACACACUCUGGGAGACAGAAUGGAGCUUACCCAUUUCUUUUCCUUAUCCUAAAAUAGAUCUGAAUCCAAAGGAUAAGAGUAAUCUGGGUGAGUUAACAAGUCUGGAAAGGAAAGAUAAAAUAAAUCUGUGAUCUAGAUAUGAAUUUCCAUUGUUAGGCUCUUAUUAGAGCCAAACCUCAGUCUGGGGACAUUUUCACCUUUUUGAGGGGUAAGGGUGGGUGCUAGAAGGUUUUCCUCUAAAUUUCCCAUCUUCCUCCUUCCCAUCUUUUCUGGGUUUUGGGGUAAACUUUUGUGUUCCGUGCUGUACCACCUCCAGUUGCUUAGCCUCCUGUACAUUGGUACUAGGAUGAGGAGUGAAUCUUUAGGAAAAAGGCCGCAGUUGUAAACUCAAGGCAGGGGGAGUCAAGCUUCGUUUUCUGGCUUUAUCAUCAUGGGCUCGGGCCCCAUUGACCCUAAAGAACUCCUUAAGGGCCUAGACAGCUUUCUUGGUCGAGAUGGAGAAGUCAAAAGUGCAGAAGGAAUAGCCAAGAUCUUUAGCUUGAUGAAGGAAGCUCGAAAGAUGGUGAGCCGCUGUACCUACCUAAACAUUCUCUUGCAGACCCGUUCACCAGAUGUACUAGCCAAGUUUAUCCGAGUUGGUGGCUACAAGCUCCUUAAUAAUUGGCUGACUUACUCAAAGACAACCAACAACGUACCUCUCUUGCAGCAGAUUCUACUCACCCUUCAGCACCUACCCCUUACUGUGGAUCAUCUCAAGCAGAACAACACAGCCAAACUUGUAAAGCAGCUGAGCAAGUCAAGUGAGGAUGAAGAACUCCGGAAAUUAGCUUCAGUUCUAGUCAGUGACUGGAUGGCUGUCAUCCGCUCUCAGAGUAGCACCCAGCCUACUGAAAAAGACAAGAAGAAAAGGAAGGAAGAGGGGAAAGGACGCACUACUCCUCUUGAAAGACCCUUGCCUGAAGUGAAGGCAGAAACAAGAACUGAAGAGGCACCAGAGAAGAAGAAGGAGAAGCCUAAAUCUUUGCGAACCACAGCUCCUAGCCAUGCCAAGUUCCGUUCUACUGGCUUGGAGCUGGAGACACCAUCCCUGGUGCCUGUGAAGAAGAAUGCCAGUACUGUAGUCGUUUCUGACAAAUACAACCUAAAGCCCAUCCCCCUCAAGCGGCAGAGCUCUUCAACUGCACCUGGUGAUGUGGCUCCUCCAGCUGAAAAGAAAUACAAACCACUUAAUACAACACCCAACACCACCAAAGAGAUUAAAGUGAAGAUCAUACCCCCACAGCCUAUGGAGGGCCUGGGUUUCCUAGAUGCCCUCAACUCAGCACCUGUUCCAGGCAUCAAAAUAAAGAAAAAGAAAAAGGUUUUGUCACCCACAGCUACCAAGCCAAGUCCCUUUGAGGGGAAACAAAGCACAGAGCAGAACACAGCCAAACCUUCUUCACCAGAGCCAGCGGCUCCUGCUGAGGCCAUGGACAUAGAACGGCCUGGAACCCCUGUCCCUCCUGUUGAAAUUCCAGAGCUUAUGGACACAGCCUCCUUGGACACAGGAGUGCUGGAUGCAAAACCAGUGGAGAGCCCUGGGGAUCCAAGCCAGUUGACAAGGAAGGGCCGGAAGAGAAAGACUGUGACAUGGCCUGAAGAAGGUAAACUGAGAGAAUACUUUUACUUUGAACUGGAUGAGACUGAGCGAGUUAAUGUGAACAAGAUCAAAGACUUUGGUGAAGCAGCCAAGAGAGAGAUAUUGUCGGACCGUCAUGCUUUUGAGACAGCUCGGCGUCUGAGCAAUGACAAUAUGGAAGAGAAGGUGGCAUGGGUGUGCCCCCGGCCCUUGGCCUUACCUUCACCCCUUGUUUCACCGGGUGGCAAUAGCCAAGAGCGCUAUGUCCAGGCUGAACGUGUGAAAGGAAUCCUGCAGGAGCUCUUCUUAUCCAAGGAGAGUGUUCCUGACAGUCCUCAUGAGCCUGACCCCGAGUCAUAUGAACCUGUUCCUCCAAAACUCAUUCCUCUGGAUGAGGAAUGUUCCCUAGAUGAGACCCCAUAUUCUGAGGCAUUAGAGACUGGUGGACCAGGUGGUUCCCCUGAUGGGACAGGUGGCUCCAAGCUGCCUCCAGUCCUGGCCAACCUUAUGGGAAGUAUGGGUGCUGGAAAGAGCCCCCAGGGUCCAGGAGGUGGCGGCAUCAAUGUCCAGGAGAUCCUUACUUCCAUAAUGGGAAGCCCCAAUAGUCACCCUUCAGAGGAGUUGCUGAAACAACCAGACUACUCGGAUAAGAUCAAGCAGUUGCUGGGUAACCUCCAGGGCCAGGCCCAGGGGUCUGGGGGAGGAGUGCCCCAUGGGAUUUUGGGACCUGCCCCAAUGGCUAAUGGUUUCCCACCUGGAGGUCCAGGAGGCCCCAGUGGCCCCAAAGGCAUGCAACAUUUCCCCCCUGGACCUGGAGGCCCUAUGCCAGGUCCCCAUGGAGGGCCUGGUGGGCCUGGUGGUCCAGUGGGUCCACGACUUUUGGGCCCACCCCCUCCUCCCCGUGGGGGUGACCCCUUCUGGGAUGGUCCAGGAGAUCCCAUGCGAGGUGGUCCAAUGCGAGGAGGUCCAGGACCUGGUCCUGGGCCAUACCAUAGAGGCCGAGGGGGUCGAGGCGGAAAUGAACCUCCUCCAUUUCGAGGAGGCCGGGGAGGCCGCUCUGGGGGAGGACCUCCCAAUGGACGAGGAGGCCCUGGUGGAGGAAUGGGUGGAGGUGGUGGCCACCGUCCUCAUGAUGGCCCUGGUCAUGGUGGACCCCAUGGUCAUCGGCCUCAUGAUGGCCCUGGCCAUCGAGGCCAUGACCACCGAGGCCCACCCCCCCAUGAGCAUCGUGGCCAUGAUGGGCCUGGUCAUGGAGGCCACAGAGGACAUGACCCCCAUGGCCAUGGAGGAGAUAUGUCAAGCCGCCCUGUGUGCCGACACUUCAUGAUGAAGGGCAGCUGCCGCUACGAGAACAACUGUGCCUUCUACCACCCGGGUGUCAAUGGGCCACCCUUGCCCUAGGGGUUACCAAUCAGUGGUACCCUGUUUAUGACUGCAGCCUCCCUCCCUUCUUGGCCCUUUUGCCCUGUUAUGGCUUCUGUGAGGCCCACCUCCCCCUUUCCCCAGCUGAUGAGGAGCUGGACCCCCUUCCUCACCCCCUGUUUGGGGUUUUGGGGAUUUUCUAAUCACUGGUGCGCAUUGUUGUACAUAUUUCCUCCAGUCAGGGGAGGAGAAAGACUGAUACAUCCUGUACCCCUGGACUGCUAAAGAGAAGACCUACUGGGCUUUGCCCUGUGAGGGGCUGUUAACCCAGCCCUAGCCUCCUUCCAGUAUUAUCCUGGACCCUGCAUAUAACUAUGACUGGUUAUCCUGAAGGAAGGGGAAGAGACCCCUCUACAACCAAGAUAGGAAAGAUGGACCCUUUCUAUCUUUGGUCACCCAUGUGAACAAUCCCCUGACAUGGUGUCUUUUGCACUUAUUGUGAAAUCAUCCUAUAACCAAGCAGGUUCAUUCAUUCCUUAUGGGGGUGGGGAUAUGAUAAGGGGUGCCUUCUUAUUUCACUGCACUAAGAAGGUUCCCUCCAAGCUAGGUGUGAAUUAUCCAACACACUCUAUGCUUUGCCUUCCUCCUUUCUCUUCCUAUAUAAUAUACACAUCAGGACCUGUACUUUGCACUCUGAAUCCUUUUUAACAGUAUGACACUGCAGCCUUGUAUGAGCACCCAGACCAGCUUUAUCAGUCCUUCAUACCUUUUGACAAAAGUCAUCCGUAUUCUUUAAACCCGAUAUUUUUUCAGCUGGUAUAGGUGAGAUCCCUGGUGUCAGUCCUCCCUUCCCCUUUACUAACUGGGAGUUCUGUAAAACACUCUUAAGCAAGACCACUCUGUCAAUAUGUCAGUGAUCCCAAGUCUGACAUAGUCACACUACAUGCACUGCCUUUUGAGAGUUUUUCAGCUCCAGUCCCUCUUACCCCAAACCAUGUCAGUGUGAGGCCUCUCUAGGCCCAACCCCAUCAGUCACUUCUGUAAAACCCCACCUGGCCCUUUCCAGGGUGGAUCCUGGACAGUAUUGCUGCCCUUUCCCAAUUUUCUCCUUUGCCCCAUCCCAGCGUCAGUUGUUUUCUGUGAAAACGGCAGUGGAUGGAUCGGGUUUUGUGCAGGGCCCCAGGUUUAGAGCCACAAUGGAUUGAGGAUGAUUAUUUUCUUUUUGUUUUGUAUAUUUUGUACAUUAAUAAUAAACAGUGGAAAGAGAAGCUUAUUUAAAA